AUGGAGUCCGAGCGGUCAUAAUUUUUUUUUUAUUUUAUAUUUUAAUUUAAUGGUAAUUUGUGGUUUUUUUACUUUUCGUCAUAGAUUAGCAUGUAGAUAAUUAGGGUAAUUAGUCAGUAAAGCUCCGAAAAGACCCCGAGACUUUUAUUUCGAGAAACAUAAACACUUGAGCCUAAUUUAUUAGCUAGUCAGGGUGACAAGCAGACCACCCCAAGUCGACCGUGAGAAAGACGCCUUCGAAUAUGCAAUUUUGCAUAUGAGUUUUUAGUUUUCACCCACACUUUAGAGGGGUAGUGUGAGCUAGAGUCAGUUCCAAGUUAGAGUGACUUAAAGUAAUUGCUUAAGUGAAUCAAGACGUUGUCUUAACUAAAAUUGAUGACCUGACCCCGACACCUCGGCACCAGCUCUCCUGACAGGAUUAUUUAAAGUGGUUGAGUACUUUCAAAGUUAGUAAGGUAGUGAGUUGCUAAAAUUGCCGUCGGUCCAAAGAUUUUCCUGAUAUUUGAUAAGCAUAUGUUUGUAAUUUGCGAUAAUUACGCUUCUGUACAAAAAUCGGUUCAUCAAAGGCCAUUGUGAUGGAUUUUGCACGUGUUCAAAUUAGCUGUUAUUUUGCGUUUCAAAAAUGGCCCUACAUAAUUUAUUUCAGAAGUGGGAUAAAAGACGCACAACCACAUGUCUGGCCAGGCUAACUCAUACCACAUGUUAAAAUUUGACAAAUUUAUGACCACUUAAAACCACCCCCAAAUAAAUUGCCAUUUUAAAUGUGCUUUUUCCAUUAACUUAAAAUAACAUUGGCGACAGAAAUAAUCCAGCUGGCAGGUGUCGGAGGCGAUUUUGUUUAAACAAUUGUUGACUUUUGGGUUUUGUUUCUCUUUAAUAAGAUGAGCGGAAAUAAUAAGAGGAAGCAAACUCGUGGCGAAUCGCCAAUUAACGCGCGAAGGGUUAGAGGCAGCACCGACGGGUCUGAUCAAACCGUCUCUUCGAUCGACCGCCUCACCGAAGUGAUGGCAGAUUUUCUCGAGCGGUCAAACAACCGCCCUACCGCGUUUGCCACAAAGGAGGAGGUGGUACCACCCUUCAACCCAGAGGACCGCGACCAAAGCGCCGAGGCCUGGUGUCGCAAGGUGGACGAGUUAAGGGGUAUUUUCCGUUGGACGGAAGAUGCCACAAUUUAUUAUGCUUUGGCGAAAUUGCGGGGACUCGCCGAGGUGUGGUACAAAGGGUUACCCUCCGUAAACAUGUCUUGGGCGGAAUGGAAGGAAAAAUUAAGGACUGCGUUCCCAUCCACUCGCGAUUUCAAUGACGAUCUCUCGAGAAUGAUGCAGCGGCAGAAACGUCGGGAUGAAAGCUACGCUCGGUACUUUUAUGAAAAGCUUUCGCUCAUAAACGCUUGCCGCAUCAUAGGAACCGACGCCGUUUCAUGCUUAAUCGGGGGCAUUGACGACGUCGUUGUAAAAACGGGCGCGAGAGCAGGCAAUCACCAAACCCCGGAAUCGCUUUUCGCAUACCUCGCGACGAUCAGCGACACAAAAGCGCUCCCGAAACCAGCUACAGCGACCACUUCGUCGUUCUCACGAGCACCCCAGGUAGCAAAAACCCAUCACCGAGGAAGACAAUUCGACGAGAAACGGUCUUCGGUGCCGGUUUGCUACGAUUGCGGAAAAGAAGGACACUAUCGCCGACAGUGCCGGAAGCCAGCACCGGAAAACAGCCGGAAAUCGGAGCUGCGAUGCAACUACUGUCGUGGUACCGGUCACACCGAGAAAUAUUGUAACAAGAAAAACAAAGACCCGAAGACGGAAGUACCUGUCCUAAUCGGUCGCAAUUUCACCGAGAUGCCCCACAUUGUCAUCGUAAAGGACCAGACCUCGUUAAAUAUAAUCGCAACCGACGCAGAAUCAACACUGUCAAAAAUCACACCUGAACCGGCAUUAUCAAAAAUCAAACUUCGAGUCGCGCAAAACACCAUCAUCCCGCAAAAUCACGCCGGUCAUAUUGCAGUUUCCGGAGACGAGUAUGAGGGUGAUGUCCUCAUUGAAGCUGCGAUAAGACCUCAAGAAGGUCAUGAAUACUGUCUACCGCGUACAAUUAUUCACGUCAAGGCAAAUGAUACCGCCUUUUUACCAUGUAUCAACCUAUCGGACAACAAUUUAAACUUUAGAAAGGGACAGACAAUUGCAAGGGCCUGGCCCUGCAUUGAAGAAGAACCACCCACUGAGAUGGUCUUGAGGGUAAAUAACUCACCCCCAACCGAUCUACCGCUCGAUCAGGUAAAAAUCGGGCCCAUCAAUGAGAACGAAAGGGAUCGCCUUUUUCGAUUAUUGAUGGAUUAUCGAGAUUGUUUUGCACUCACGAUAGAUGAACUCGGAUGUGCAAAAUCGGCGGAAAUGGAAAUAAGGCUCUCCGAGGAUAAACCCUUCACUUAUCGGCCGUAUCGAAUGGCGAGAUCGGAGCAGGACACAGUCAAAGAUAUUGUGCAAGAGCUUUUGGACAAUAAUAUCGUCAGAGAAAGCGAGUCAAAUUACUGCUCACCGGUAUUAUUAGUCAAAAAGAAAAAUGGCGAACAAAGAUUGUGCAUCGAUUACCGGAAGUUAAAUGCACAAACGGUUAAGGACAACCAUCCCCUACCUCGAGUGGACGAUCAAAUUGAUCGGCUGCAGGGUGGCGUGUAUUUCACGAGUCUCGAUUUGCGGUCGGGUUACCAUCAAAUCCCGCUAAGUGAAGAGUCGAAGAAGUAUACUUCAUUUGUUACCCCCUUCGGUCAAUAUGAGUACAACAGAGUGCCAUUCGGACUGACGAAUGCGCCGCGAACGUUUCAGCGAUUCAUGAAUAAGAUCUUGAAACCAGCGCGAGAAAACGCCGCCGUGUAUUUGGAUGACGUCCUUUUACACGCAAAAGACGUCAACGAAGCGUUACAAAAUCUACAAAAAGUGUUCGAGAUUCUCAGAAGCGAAGGAUUAACACUUAACUUGAAAAAGUGUUCGUUUCUGAUGACCUCCGUGACAUUUUUGGGAUUUGAUAUCGAGGACGGAAAAAUCAAACCCGGUCAAGAUAAAACCAAAGCCAUAGAGGCAUAUACCGCUCCGAAAUCAGUACACCAAAUUAGACAAUUCAUCGGGUUGACGGGAUAUUUCCGUCACUUCGUCAAAGAUUACGCGUUGAUCGCUAAACCUUUGACAAAUCUGACGAAGAAAAGUACUGCCUGGAAUUGGGGCGACAAAGAGGAAGAGGCGUUCCGCAAAUUACAGGCGGCACUUGUGACGCGCCCGACGUUAGUAUUAUUUAAUGCCGAGCUAGAGACCGAAGUUCACACCGACGCCAGUGCGUUAGGGCUGGCCGGAAUUUUAUUGCAAAAACAACCCGACGAGCGAUUACAUCCAGUGGCGUACUACAGCCGGCAAACGACCGAUACUGAGCAAAAAUAUCAUUCGUACGAGCUCGAGACACUAGCCGUCGUGGAAAGCUUAAAGAAAUUUCGAUCUUACCUGCUCGGUAUAAAAUUUACCGUCGUGACCGACUGUAAUGCAUUACGAGCGACGAGCGUUAAAAAACAAAUAAUCCCGCGCAUUGCCAGAUGGUGGCUCCAACUGCAAGAAUUUACAUUUGAGGUGAAGUACAGACCCGGAAAUCGUAUGAAACAUGUCGAUGCGUUAAGCAGAAAUCCGGUGGAAUCGGGAGAAAUCGGCGAAGUACUUCACAUCGAAGAGGCGGAUUGGGUCCUAUCGGGGCAACUAACCGACGACAAAAUAAAGCGCAUCCGCCAAAUUUUGUCGAAACCCCCGACAAAUGACGAAGAACGGAAAAUUUAUAAAAAUUACGCCCUACGCGAUGGACGCGUGUAUCGCAUUACCGUGCGGGGAAUCCAAUGGGUUGUCCCUAGAGGGAUGAGACACCAGGUGGUGCGAGCCGCACACGACGAUUUCGGUCAUUUUGCGGUGGAAAAGACAUUGUCCCGACUGUGCGAGCAUUAUUGGUUCCCUAGGAUGCGUAAGUACGUAGAGCAAUACAUCGCUUGCUGCAUUGCGUGUUUGUACAAUAAGCGCGCAUCGGGUAGAAAAGAAGGGUUUCUUCAUCCCAUCAAGAAGACCGCGGAACCGCUAAAUGUGUUCCAUGUUGAUCAUUUAGGACCAUUCCCCAAAAGUCGUCGAGGUCACACGCACAUCAUCGCCGGAAUCGACGCGUUUACAAAAUUCGUUUUUCUCCGUGCAGUCAAGUCGACCAAAGUAAAAUACGUAACCGAAUAUUUCCGUGAUAUUUUCGCCACGUAUGGCAAACCAAAGAUUUUAAUAUCAGAUCAAGGAAGCUGUUUUACUUCAAAACGCUUCAAACAAUUUUGCCGACAAAAUAAUAUUCGUCACGUGAUGAACGCAGUCGCGACGCCAAGGGCGAACGGCCAAGUUGAGCGCCUAAAUCGGACGAUUUUAGCGGCCCUUUUAUCUUCGACCCUUGAGGAGGAACGGUGGGACGAGCACAUCAGGAAUGUGCAGUUUGCAAUUAAUAACGUUGCAAAUAAGUCCACCCGGAAAACACCAUCCCAAUUGUUACUAGGAUAUGUACCGCGCAACGGAACUGAUGUCGUACUUCGCGAUGAAAUCACCCAAGUAUCUUCCGUUGUAGAGGAUUUAGUAGCUACUCGAGAGGAAGCACUCGCAAAGAUGUCCCAGGCACAAGAUAAUCAGAAAAAGAAUUUUGACAAGCGACGAAAACGACCACGGCGCUACAAACAGGGUGACCUAGUGUUGGUGGAAAAGAACGUCGCUUCAAACACAGGUACCAGCCGAAAAUUAAUACCCCCUUACAGCGGCCCGAUGGUGGUAAAAACAGUAUUACCUAAUGAUCGCUACGUCGUAACCGACAUGAAAGGGUCACACAGAACUUCGAAAAAGACCAAUUACGAACGCGUAGUUGCUGUCGAUCGGAUGCGACCAUGGCGCGUGCCAGGAGGAGUGUCAGAUGACACCGACAGUGAAAGUGGGGAAGACGAGAUUGUCCCAUCUGACGAGGACCCGGAAGUGACAGACGAGUAA